AUGAGCAGGGCGGACUCCAUGUGGGAGGCCAACCAUGAGGAGGCGCGCGGCAAGGCUGUCUCUCUCGAUCAUCUCGCGACCUUGAAGGGAGGAGAAUCGUAUCUUUCUUUCUCUCACACACAGCGAUCUUUUUGGCUCUGUAUCCGCAAACUUCGCAUUCUUGAAACGAUUGCAUUCACAAAAGACACCAAGAUGGAGCACGACAAGAAGGACAACUGCAACCUCCUUGCCCACUGCCUCCCGCAGUUCCAUGCGGGCCCGAAGCCAAUCACGCCCGAAAAGCAGACGAGCAUCAUCAAAGACCAACCCAUUCGGUCUGCCCAGGACGCCGCUUCCGAGUUCAUCGAUAUCCUUCGCACCGCCGAAAAGGGAGGCAAAGACCUCGAGCGCCGUCUCAGAAACAUCGUCACGGUCAACUCCUGGACCGAAGAGCUCGCCAAGUACAUCCUCUCCGGCGUCGAAGGCCUCGUCCGCCACCGCGACACCAUCGGCCAAGUCGUGCGGGAGACUGUGGACAAGUCGACCGAAGCUGCUGACAGCGUGUUCGAGUUUGCCAAGGAGCAUCCCGUCUUUGUUACCAUCAUCGCCAUUGGCGUGUUGGUUAUCGUUGCCCCUUGGGUUAUUGAGGCCCUUGGCUUUGGCGAAUUUGGACCUAUUGCCGAUACCUUUGCCUCCUGGUGGCAGGCGCGAUAUGCCGGAUACGUUCCCAAGGGGUCUCUCUUCUCCUUCCUCCAGGGGCUGGGAAUGACUUGGAAAUGA